AUGGCCGCAACUAGCUCAGUAACAAAACUCUUCGAUGUGGCCGAAAUCGUCGCAGUAGUGACCGGAGGUGGAAGUGGGCUCGGCCUCUAUAUGACGCGGGCACUGGCCACCAACGGAGCAAAGAAAGUCUAUAUUCUUGGACGGAGGAGACAUAUCCUGGACCAAGCGGUGGCUGAAAUAGUCCGGCCAGACAGCAUCAGCCCAAUACAAUGCGAUGUCACGGACCCAGAGACCCUAAAAUCUGCGGUCGCAUUAAUCGAGAAAGACAUCGGCUAUAUCAACUCCUUCGUACCUUCUGGGUCGAGCAUCCCGCAGGUGCAAGAGGCCUUGCUCCAAAUCUCCAUGCAGGAAUUCACGAAUACCUUCCACGUGAACUGCACGGCCGUGUUCUACACUGCCAUUGCGUUCCUCGGACUGCUCGAUGCAGGGAACAAGACCCGGAACAACUACUCCCGCAAGGGCUGUCGGAGUCAGGUGAUCGCGACCAGCAGUAUCGGGAGCUUCAAUCGACGCAUCACGGCGGGGUUCGCGUACGGAGCCAGCAAGGCCGCGACCACGAUGCUUUUGAAGGUCCUGGCGACGUACCUGGUGCCGUAUCGGAUCCGAGCGAAUGUGCUAUGUCCUGGAUUGUUUCCAACCGAUUUGACGACGGACCUGAUUCAUGGCCAGAGCCCCACGGAGGAAGGGGCGUUUUCGCUGGAUCAAAUCCCGGCUGAGCGCGCUGGUACCCCCGAGGAUAUCAUGGGCCCGCUGUUGUAUUUGGCUUCGCGCGCUGGCGCGUACUGUAAUGGCAAUUGUAUGCUUACUGAUGGUGGUCGGUUGAGUGUUAUGCCUGCUACUUAUUAG